AUGGAGGAAUCGCGGACACCUGAGUUCUGCUGCCCCCGGUAUAAAACCAGCCACUGGGGGCAGUUUCUCCUCUUAGGGCUGUUUCCUGUGUGGGGAGUGGAAGAUGGGAGCUCCUGUAGGGAGCUGGGUUUUGUGCCUAUUAGUCACUGGUGCUUGGGCUCAAAAUGCUUCAGCAUCCGGCAGCCCCACAGGAGGUUGGGACAGUUCCUGGCAGGCCUCCAAGGAGACACGAGGGAUCAGAUCAGCCUGGGGGGAGCAGCAGGAGAACCAGGUGUAAAGUUGGUGAUUGGAACCCACAGUGUGAGCCUGGAGCCCACCUCAGUGCCAGGACAGAGAGACCCAGGCUCGUUUGCAGGAGUCCACUUGGGGAUUGUUCCGUGUCAUCACGCCGGGGGGGUCACCAUUCCAGAGCUGGAAUCCCUGCUGCACAGCUUCCUCGGGGUGCAGCCCAGAGUCUUUGGGGCAGUGCUAGUGGUGGUGGGGCUGCUGCAGAUGGCCUUUGGAACCCUCUUCGUCAUCGACAACUGCGCUUACACGGAUAGUGUCGACAUCCACUUCUUCCCAGGAAUCCUGUUGCUCUUGGCUGGCAUCAUCACUCUGGCUGCAGACACAGCCCACAGCCUGGCUCUGGUGAAAGCCUGCCUGGUCAUCAACAUCAUCUGCAUGGUGGUGGUGGGCAUGAUCAACUUAUUCUACCUGGUGGACUUGGUGUAUGAUCCCCGUAACCAGUACAUCCAGUGUCCUGCCAGCAACAGGUUGCACUGCAGGCGGCUGUACCAGGUCUUGCACUAUUGCACAGGCAUGCGGGUCAUCAUCCUGAUCUUAACCUCGCUGGGGUUCUUCGUUUCCGUUGGCCUGGAAGCCUUCGGGUGCAAAGCUGUGUGUCGCCAGAACUCUGCAGAUGAUGUGCCAGUCGCUGCCCUGACGAAUCUGCCUGCUUCCCAUGAGGCCGCCGCGGAGCCCGAGCCUGUGGUGUCAGAGUGACCCACGGCGGGCCACCAGCAGCUGGCUGAAAGCCAGUUGAGUGUGCAGCAAUCCGACCCCUCCAGCCUGUCGGAGCGUGGGCAGCAGCAUUCUCGCCACACCCUGGUCAACAGCCACCUCACUAAAGAAGCCUUUGCUGGCCGUGUCGUGGGAAUGGCUGGAUGGAGAUGGCUCCAACCAAAUGGGAAGCAGCAACAGAUAAACUUAGGGUAA